AUGAUUGUCGAAGGCUCAAGAAUCAAGGCUGCCACUGAAGUGCUGAACCGAUUCGAGACCGAAGCUCCACGGCCGCACCUUUAUUCACCACUUGCUUCCUGCUUCACCUUCAUUCGAGACCGACCCAAUGGCGUCCAGCGUCCCUCUCGUGUCUGCAAUGCAAGUCUGCAACUACUCCAACUUGGAGAUCCUUACGUAAGACAAUGUGGGAGUGAUCCUAUUGUAACAUAUGGCUUUAAUAGUUUAAAUAAAACGAAAAGACUUGGUCUUCAUGUCGGCAACAUUAAUAGUUUUCACAAUAGAGAACUUAAGAAAAGUGAGGAUCUAAUGAUCCAAGAUCGAUCUAUUGUCGUUUCCUUUCAUAAGCAAAUUGAGAAGGAGAAGAAUGAGCACCGAAUACGAUUAAAUGCUUCAAUUAAGGCACGCAGAUUAUUGUUGAAGAAUACAUUUCCCUUUCAUGGUCACGAUGAAUCUGAAAUGCCUAUUUAUAAAGGCAUGUUCUUAGAAACAUUUUCCUUAAUUGGUGAUUGCAAUGAGGAUGUAGUUGACGAGUCUAGUGACGUUUCUAAUAAGGAACAAAUGGCAAUGGUUUUACGGUAUGCUGAUGCACGUAGUAUUGUUAAGGAGAGAAUUUUUGGUAUUGUUCAUGUAAGAGGGCAAGGUUAUGACGAAGCAAGCAAUAUCCGUUGUAAGUUCAAUGGAUUAAUGGCCUUGAUCUUGAAUGACAAUAGGUCGACAUAUUAUAUCCAUUGUUUUGCUCACCAACUUCAAUUAAUUGUUGUGGCGGUUGCAAAUAAACAUGACGGAGUUGAGAAAUUUUUUAAUAUGUUAGGAAUGGUGAUCAAUGUAGUGAAUGCUUCUAGCAAGCAUAAAGACAUGUUUCGACAAAGUUACAAAGAUAGAGUGCAAGAAGCAAUUGAUAAGUGUGAAAUUGAAACUGGAAUAAGGAAGUACUAA